AUGAGGGGGUGUGUUGUUACGCCAGGAAGCAGCAGUUUGGUCCGUGUUGGGAAGAAGUCGAACUCGGGUCAGUCCGGUUCUGCUUAGUUCGUUGAGCUGCUGCUCCGGGAGAUGUGGCUUGAGCCGGAGGAGGUUCUGCUGGCCGGCCCGCUCUGGGUGUCCGAACGGGCCAACCCGUUCUUCAUCCUGCAGAGGAGGAGGGGCCACGGCCGCGGUGGAGGACUGUCCGGCCUACUGGUUGGGACUCUGGAUGUGGUCCUGGACUCUAGUGCCAGAGUGGCUCCUUACAGGAUCCUUCUGCAGACUGCAGACUCCCAGAUCUACUGGAACAUUGCCUCUGGGUCAUCCAGGAAGGAAAUCACGCAGCACUGGGAUUGGCUGGAAUCCAAUCUGCUACAGACCAUCUCCAUAUUUGACAGUGAUGAAGAUGUCGUCACCUUUGUCAGGGGCAAAAUCUCGGGCAUAAUCGCUGAGGAGAACAAGUUGAAGCAGAUCGAUGAGCAGGAGGAGGACUGCUGGAAGUUUCGUGAGGCAGAGCUGAAGAUGAGGAAGCUGUUCAGGAUGCCAGAGGAGGAGAAACUGGUGAAUUAUUAUUCCUGCAGCUACUGGAAGGGCCGUGUACCACGACAAGGCUGGCUCUAUCUUUCUGUCAAUCACCUGUGCUUCUACUCGCUCCUGCUGGGCAAAGAGGUCACUUUAGUGAUCCAGUGGAUGGAUGUCACCCAGCUAGAGAAGAAUGCCACUCUUCUGUUUCCAGAGAGUAUUCGUGUCACCACACGUCACACAGAACAUUUCUUCUCCAUGUUUCUCAACAUCAACGACACCUUCAAGCUGAUGGAGCAGUUGGCUAACAUCGCCAUGCGACAGCUUCUGGAUAACGAGGGCUUCGCCGCUGACCACUCGCUGCCUAAACCCUGCAAGACCCUGAAGAACGUCUCUGCACUCAAGAGAGAUCUGGAUGCGCGGGCCAAAAAUGAGCAGUACCGGGCAAUGUUCCGCCUGACACAGGACGAGCGUCUGGACGGACACACAGACUGCACCCUGUGGGCGCCAUUCGCUAAGAUGCACAUUGUUGGCCAGCUGUUCAUCUCCAAUAACUACAUCUGUUUUAACAGCAGAGAUGAAGACCUGUGUCAGCUGAUCAUCCCGCUACGAGAGGUGACCGUAGUGGAGAAGGCAGACAGCAGCAGUGUGCUGCCGUGUCCCGUGUCCAUCAGCACAAAAAACAAAAUGAACUUUUUGUUUGCCAACCUGAAAGACAGAGAUUUUCUGGUCCAGCGGAUCUCUGAUUUCCUGCAGCGAACCCCCGACAGCACCUGGAGCGAGCUGAGUCCACUGUCUCUGAUUGGCCACUCUGUGUCCUCCAGCAUCUCCUCUUCCACAUCCACAGUGCCAGAGUCUGUCCACAGGGGGCGCCAGUACCAUGCUGGUCUGCCCACAGCAAACCAGGGUCUCCUGCAGCUCUUCCACAAAGAUGGUCCAGAGGACCAGCACCCCAAAGCCUUAAAGGAGAAGAUGAAGGAGGAAGCAUGGAACAUCCAUUUUUCCGAGUUUGGUCGCGGUAUCUGCAUGUACAGAACCUCCCGAACAAGAGAACUGGUCCUCAGUGGGAUCCCUGAGUGCCUCAGGGGGGAGCUGUGGCUCCUCUUCUCAGGUGCCCUGAAUGAGAUAGUGACCCAUCCUGGUUACUAUGGUGACCUGGUAGAGCAGGCCAUGGGGCAGUGCUCACUGGCUACAGACGAGAUAGAGCGCGACCUGCACCGCUCCAUGCCAGAGCAUCGAGCCUUCCAGAAUGAGAUGGGUAUUGCUGCACUGCGCCGCGUCCUCACCGCUUAUGCUCACCGCAACCCCAACAUUGGAUAUUGCCAGGCGAUGAACAUCGUCACUUCUGUGCUUCUGCUCUACUGCACAGAAGAAGAAGCUUUCUGGAUCCUGGUGGCACUGUGUGAACGAAUGCUUCCGGACUACUACAACACCAGGGUCGUAGGAGCGCUGGUAGACCAGGCCGUGUUUGAGGAGCUGACCCAUGUCUUCCUGCCCCUCCUCUAUGGACACAUGCAGGAUCUGGGCGUCAUGUCUACCAUCUCCUUGUCUUGGUUCCUCACCCUCUUCCUGUCCGUCAUGCCGUUCGACAGCGCCGUCGUCCUAGUCGACUGUUUCUUCUAUGAGGGUGUCAAGGUCAUCUUCCAGGUGGCGCUGGCUGUGCUCGAUGACAACAUGGACGCCUUGCUGUCAUCCAGUGAUGAAGGCGAAGCCAUGACCGUCCUGGGAAGGUAUCUGGAUAACAUUGUCAAUAAGCAGACAGUGACUCCGUCCAUUCCUCACCUCCAUGCCUUGUUGACGAGCAGUGAUGAGCCGCCACCUGAAGUCAACAUCUUUGAUCUUAUCAAGUCAUCUUACGAGCAGAAGUUUGGCGGUCUGCGGUCUGAUGUCAUUGAGCAGAUGAGGUUCAAGCAGAGGUUAAAGGUCAUCCAGUCACUGGAGGACACUGCCAAGAGGAGUGUGGUCCGAGCCGUCAUGACCGAGUCUGCCUUCAGCAUUGAGGAGCUGGAGGAGCUUUACUGCCUCUUUAAGGCCGAACACAUCCGGAGCUGCUACUGGGGCUCGAGCAGCUCAGCGGCAGAGCGUCACGACCCCAGCCUGCCGUACCUGGAGCAGUACCGCAUUGACCCGCUGCAGUUCACCCAAUUGUUCAUCGCUCUGGCACCCUGGAUGAGUGGAGGCCACACCCCUACACUGGCUGCACGCCUCUUCAGGCUGCUGGACCGAAACAAGGAUGGACUCAUCAACUUUAAGGAGUUCAUCACCGGACUCAGUGGGAUGUACCAUGGAGAUAUGACUGUCAAGCUCAAGCUGAUGUUUAAACUCCACCUCCCUCCAGCCCUGUGUCCUGAGGAGGCGGAGUCUGCUGUAGAAGCAGCUCAUUUCUUCACCGAGGACCUGCACGCAAAGGUCAAAGAGCCUUCAGUCCUGUCUGAUUUGGAUUUUUCGGGGCUGCAGGAUCUGACCUCAGGAGAUGAGAAGAUGACCUGGGGAGGAACAGAAGAUGAGGAGAAAAAAGAGGAGAAGGUGAAGGACUACAGAUACUACCUGAGGAUGUGGGCCAAGGAGAAGGAGUCCCACAAUGAAAGCAUUAAAGACUUGCCGAGGAUGAACCAGGAGCAGUUCAUUGAGUUGUGUAAAACACUGUACAACAUGUUCAGCGAAGAGCCUCAGGAGCAGGAGCUGUACCACGCCAUCGCCACAGUUGCCAGCCUGCUGCUCCGCAUCGGUGAAGUUGGCAAGAGGUUCAGCAACAAUGGCUCCAAAAAGUCCGACUCCACCAGGUUAACCCCACCCAGUGGCACGCUUGGGGAGGAGGAGUGGCCAGACAAAGCUGUGUCUGGCCAGACUCAGGUGGGUCGGAUUCCGGCCGCCUCUGAGUUGGAGACACCUGAUGAGGACACCAAAAAUGACACCUCGGAGUCGACCCACUCCGCGGCGACCUCUGGCUCUCUGCAAUGUGAGGAUACCACAGAAGAAAGCAUCCUGAGUGGGUCUGAUGAGCAGAGGCGGGGAAGCGUGCUGGAUGUUGAUUGGUCAAUCACAUUUGAGCAGGUACUGGCCUCCAUGCUCACGGAGCCAGCGCUGGUGGACUAUUUUGAAAGGAAGAGGGACAUUCAUGGUAAAAUGGCUGACUGUAAGGCCCAGCAGGUCGUGGAGCGUCAGACAAGUUCGUCCAGUGACCACGAAUUGUCCCAGUCUGACACAGGAAACAGGAUGUGAACCAGACUGCCACAUGACUUCCCUGUUGACUCCUGUUUCCUAAAUCUCAUCACACUGUUUUGUUAGCAACAAAACCAGCUAGUGGAGCUGAUACCCAUCUCUGAUCGGAUAUCAGGUACCUGCUGCUGAUUUAAUGAAGCUGUGUGAUUGGUUCAGAUGUACUGUGAGCUUUGUUUUGUCUCAAGUAUCACAAACUUGAAAGAUGUUUCCAUGACGAUGAUGAUGACAGUGACAGAAAGGAUGGUGGUAACAACAGUGACGACAUGAUGAUGAAGAUGAUGACAGUACUGCAGGCUUUAAGUCGUCCAUUGUUUUCAUUUUUAAGAUGCUGUUGACUUUAUGAUCCGUCCUCAGUUCCUGUUCAUUAUACAUAUAGAUUGAUCACAGUUUGUAUGUAUUACAUGUACAAGUUCAUGCAGAUUGUACCUAACACUCCCCCAAUGCAUUGUUUUCGCUUGUACAGUGCCCUC